CCAUGUCUUCCUCCAUCGUCAUCAUUUUCCUCUUCCUCUCCCUCUUCAGACCCUGCAACACUCAAACAUGCUCUUCCAAUAACACAAACCCGUGUCCUCCGUUCUCCUCUCACCCUCCUUUCCCUUUCUCCUCCACACCAGGCUGUGGCCACCCCUCCUUCCAUAUAACCUGUUCCAGCCCCCAUUCUUUCAUCUCCAUCAACAACCUCUCCUUCUCCAUACUCUCCUACAACUCCAACACCUCCUCCAUAACCCUCUCCCCUCGCCCUAACCCAACGCCCCACCCCAACUGUCCCUCCUUCUCCUUCAUUCCUACCCGCCACAUCAACCUCUCCGCCACCCCCUUUCGUGUCUCAGCCGCCACGUGCUCCCGCCUCUCCUUCCUCCGCCCCUGCUCGCCGCCUUCCCUCCCUAACUGCUCCCACUGCCCCUCCCAGUGCCACCUCAUCAAAUCUCCCUCCCACCUUCUCCCUGACUGCAGAUCCACCCACCACUCCCCUCAGUACUCAGACUCCCCCUGCCUCACCGACAUCCUCGGCUUCCUCCAACAGUUCCUCAAGAACGGAAUCCAACUCGACUGGGACCAGAGCCGUGACCCCUACUUCACUAAUUGCACCAUCUGCCGUGCCAACAACAGCACCUGCGGGUUUGGGUCCCUCUACCUCGCGCAGCUCCGCGACGGCUGUUCUGGUUGUUGCUGCCGCUGGUUUUGCUCCUGCAGAGAGAAAUAG